UUUGAAUGGGCGGUAUUUGCAAGCGCCCAGCUGAUUCAGCGCGCUCAAAUAGGGCCCCGCAGCGACGUCACGCCGAUAUCUCAGACAUAGCGCACUGACCCACAACUUACAAGCACAAUGAAAGAAGACUGCAAGACUGACAAAGGCCCGCCCCCGCCAUAUCAGACUCCAACCCAUCGUCCACCUCCUUCAGGCAUUCGAAUCCCGCUGCAGUUAAACUCUACCUUCCCUAAUCUCACACACACUAAAGCACCCCCAUGCUACGAUGCAGACGGUGUUUCUCCCGUCUUCCUCGGAUCCGCGAUCUUCCAACGCUCUGUCCAUCCAUGCAAGAUUGCGCCUCAUCUUCCAAAUCCCUGCCGUGUGCCAUAUGGUUCUGCUGAGGUAGAGCAUCAUGGGCGGUACGACCUUCUGCCAUUUGACCCGGAGACCAUGGAAUGGGUCCGUACGAGUCUUGGUCGUAUUCCUCAUAAUCGGGAUCCUGUUGCUGGAGGUUAUGAAGAGAGUGGGCAGCAUCUGUAUCAUGCAAUGGGUUGCGUGGACAGUGGGACCUGGGUUCCUGGUAAGACAGGAGAACAUCUUGGGGGAUGCCAUGUCGCAUUUGGUGGUGGAGAGGAGAUCAUCAGAAAUGACUACGAAAUAUUGUAAGUCUAACGGCUUAUCUCACCCGGUGAUAUUGAUGUAACGAAAUGCAGGUGCUGGAGGAGUGGAUAUCUCAAGGGAAUGAAAUAGAUUGCUUGUAUCGAUACGGAGUGUGUGCUCCGUUCCAUAUUACCUUGAUAAUUUAACUUUGCAGCAAAAUUUGU